AUGACUCGCAAAAUCCUCGACGAGAGCAUUGUGGAAGGACUCAUCGGCGGGGAAUGCCAUCCCCGUGCCAUCCCCGUGCCAUCCCCGUGCCAUCCCCGUGCCAUCGAAUCGGAAUUUUACCCCGAAGCGAUUCCAAGCCAAUUGGAAAAUGCCAUAGGGGACGAAUUCGGGGACGAAUUCGGGGACGAAUUCGGGGACGAGCAAGCAGAGAGUCGAGGACGAUGCCAGACGCGGCGCUUGAUGUCGGCUCGCGUCGACGUUAAGUGCAGCCUCCCUCUCGAAACCGACUCGGAAGGCCGGAGCGAAGUGGCGGCUCUGUUCGGAACGUGGCUCUCCGACCCCGCCGGGAAUGGCUUUCGAGGCCGAGUCCCCAUCCAGCCAUGUGAGUGCUGCGGCUGUGCGGGGACGGUGCGUGUCCCGAGGGAAGACAUGGUGCUCGGAGUGGAGGAGGUGCUGGAGGCGCUCAACGGGUUCGUGUGGAGUGAAAGAGUGUGGCUGCCGGAGCAUUUGACGUGGGAGGAUGUCAGAUCCACUCCCGAACUUCCCUUGACCGAGGCGCGGGAUCUUCUCUAUGCCGUUCCCGUUUCCUUCGCGCUGUUGGUCGUCCGGUUCUUCCUCGAAAGAUGCGUGUUCACCCCGCUCUGGAGGCUGUCGGGAAGAGGGGAAUCCCCACGAAGCUCGUCCGGUCGCCUCACCGACAAGCCGCUGACUCCGGAGAUGUGGUGGUACUACACGCUGGAACUCGGCUGCUACGGCUCCCUCAUCCUCACGCUGGCGACGGACGUGAGGCGGAAGGACUUCUGGAUGCACGCCCUCCACCACCUCCUCGUGAUUGUUCUCAUGUCCGGGACCUGGAUCCUCAAUCUCACUCGUGUGGGGUCGCUCACGCUGAUACUUCAUGAUGCGGCCGAUCCGCUUCUCGAGGCUAGUUCUGUCUUUGUGAAGCUUCUCGUCUACGUGGGGAAAAGCUGGGUGGCUCAAGGGGUCUACAUCCUCUUCACGCUCGUCUGGCUCUCGACGCGACUCUACUACUACCCCGUCCACGUCGUGUUCAUGGCGACGGAGGCGAAGCUGUUUUAUUACUCGGGGCGGUGGAGGGGGAACAUCCCGACCUGGAUCCUCCUGAUCUUCCUCUAUCUCCUCCUCUGCCUCCAUGUCAUAUGGACCUAUUUCAUCCUCAAGGCGCUGAUUCUCUCCUUCCUUCGCAAGGGGACGGUGGAGGACAGUCGAAGCGACGAGGAUGACUCGGGCGGUGAGGGAGACAAACAAGACUGACCCGAAUGUCUGGGUUUACUCUGCGAACCCUCAACUGUUGAGGCAUAUCAUUCGACCCUGCGAAAGGAAGCGAGUUUUGAUGGAAUUCGCGUAAUGGUGCUGCAGUUUCGGCCGUGAUCUGUUUUGUGCUGCAGGGAAUAGCUAUUUUCUUGUAUUUUUCUUCUCUCGAGAAAUAUUUUAUGUUUUCCUUCAGUAUUUGGGAGAAUUCUGUUUGAAUAGCGUUCUGAAAUGCACAGGAGCGACGGAUCUCGCAGUGUUGCCGAAGACUGCAUUACUUUUCGCAUUUUGCAUAUUUUCCAUAUAUUCAUAUGAGACUGAGCUUGAUAUGUCGAACAGGACUCCAUUUGCUGCAAUAUUAUAUUUUUGGUGAGUACACGAGGUUGGAAUAAAAACCACGCUGGG